CGAUCUAUAUUAAAUUAUUAAUUAAUAUUAUUGCGCCCGUCCAUCUCCCGUGGUGUCGGCCGAUGUGAAGCGCGUCCCGGAAGAUAGGUAGUUCCCUUACAACAGUUGUUGCUGUGGCGGUUGUUCUGUUCUGAAUCUGUUUAACCCGUGAUCAGACUACGGAUUGGGAUUGAGAUUGGAUUGAAAUUUAAUCAAUCAGAAUAAAGAAAACUAACUUCAAGUUUAGUGAACUUUGCUCUAAUUUUAAUCCAAUCCCAAUCCGUAGUCUGAUCGCCGUUUGCGAUUUUUAAUAAAGGCGUUCUUGGGAGUUUAGCUGAAGUCUAUUUUUAUUCCCGGGAGUGCGCGGCGCGAACGAGUGCGUGAGUGCGCGGGUGUUGUGCGAAAGCAGCAAAUGUGCAGCGAGCGCUGUUGCGCAAUAUAAUCAAUCUAUAUUUUAAUUAUUAAUUAAUAAAACGUACUUGUUGUAUAAGAAUUAAUCAUAAAAUUAUUCAUAAGUUUUCCAAUUUUGUAACUGACGAUAUCGCUCCGUAGACGAAGGUCAAAAACAGAGAUUACAUCUGUUCGAAACUACACGUUUCUGUCACGAACAAUUGUGAAGCAGAAUAAAGAUAAGGAAAAAUAAAGCACCCGUAAAUCAUGUUAAAAAGCAAUACUAGAGAAUUAAUGACAAUGAUAACGUUGUCGAAUGAUAACACGUCGGGUAUAAAUUAGAAUUUUCGUUUCCAUUCAAAGUUGUGUUUGUUUUUGCAAGAACAGUUGUGUCUAUAACCAUUUAAAAAGUUAGAAAGAUCGUAUUGAAAAUUAUGGCACUAAUUUUCAGCAUAUUAUGUCUUGCUAUAGUAGCGGAAAACUUUGCUGGUACAUAUGCGACAGAUUAUUGCAAUUUAAAAUUUUGUAAAAAAAUCAAAGGUCAUACAAUGUGCACCUAUGCAUCACCAAUACCGGCGACAUUGUGCAGGCAAUGGAGUAGUCAAGGUUUUAAUGAUGCUGAAAGAAAAGCCAUAGUAGAAAAACACAAUCAAUUGAGGAAGAAAGUCGCAUCGGGUGAGGAAAAGAGAGGAAAGAACGGUCCGCAACCAGCGGCAAUUUUUAUGCCGAAUUUGACCUGGGAUAAAGAACUAGAGAUAAUUGCGCAAAGAUGGGCCAAUCAAUGCUCUCGUGGUCAUGACAGUUGUAGAAACGUCGAAAGAUUCUCAGUUGGACAAAAUAUAGCCUCAUCAUCAAAUAAGUCUACUUUGGAAGAAAUGAUUCAAUCAUGGUACAAUGAAGUAGCUAAUUUUGAUAGACGUUACAUUUCCACAUACGGCCAUAGUGACGAAGUGGGACAUUAUACUCAAAUUGUCUGGGCUGACACGACGAAAAUCGGAUGCGGACGAAUAAAGUACAAGAAACCAAAUGGUUGGACUAUGCAUUAUUUAGUUUGCAACUAUGGUCCAACUGGAAAUGUAAUAGGCAAAAAAAUAUAUGAAAUAAAGAAUUAGAUUUUAUCAUCCUCAAUAAUUUAAUUUGAAGGAUGAAAAAAGUAGCACAACGUAAAAAUAAAUAUAUGUUUUAUCAAGGCCUCAUCUCUUCUCUUAUACAUGAAUAUGAUGCUUUAUCGAACACACUUAGUAGGUAUCGGCGAAACGAUGAAAAUAUCAAUAACAAAAUCUCUUGUAGAAACUUUAAUAUAGUUGUAAAUAAAGAUAGUUGCAUUGAA